UGCUCUCUUUUUAACUCUAACAUGGCUGAGCACGGGAGCAUUUACUGUUCUCACAGAGUCCUCCCGACCUUAUUUUAGAUUAGUUUUUUCAACCAGGGAGGGCAAAAAGCGUGGUGGUACUGCAUCUAUGAUGUCUAACUCCUUGGCUGUAAAGAAAAUGUCAUUAGAUCAUUACCCCAGCUUUGAACACCAUACCUUUGUUUUUAACAACCCGCCAAUUUUAUGCAUCACAGUAUACAGAACACAAAAAUCAAACACUGGUUGUAUUGAGGACUUUUCUGACUUCUUAGCAUCUAUCCACAUUUCCUUCAGCAUUAUUUUAAUAAAGGAUGAUUUUAACCUGCACGUAGACAGGGAGUUGGACUAUUACGCCACUCAGGUUAUGGACUUGCUCACUUCUCUGGAUUUUAUGCAACAUGUCAUGCAGCUGACUCACAAAAGGGGGCACACUUUUGACCUUGUCAUCAGUUAUGGUUUACCCACUAGUGUGUCCACUUUUGUGGAUCUGGCUGUAUCUGAUCAUUACUGUGUGCUUUUCAAUAGCACUGGUUUUAUAAAACAAAAGACCUCUGUGGGAACGGUGAAGAAAUGCUUCUUAACUCUUGAAGUGGUCGAAAAAUGUAUUUCAUCUGUUCACUCCGACCCUCCACUUGUCUUACCAGCUCCCUGCGAUCUAAUUUUAGAAAGUUUUAACAAAAAAUUAAGAUCCAGUCUCAACUCAGUUGCUCCACUUAAAACAAAAAAGAUCAUUACUAAAUCCACACACACUUGGAGAACAGCUGAAAUUAAACUCUUUAAAAAAACAUUUAGAGCCACUGAAAGACAUUGGAGGAAAUACAAACUUGAAAUAAACUAUCGGGCAUUCCAAAAUCUACUAAAACUAUACAACCAAACAUUAAAGCAGGCCAGAAAUUCAUACUUCGCAAACAUCAUCUCCAAAAAUAAAAAUAAACCAAGAGUCCUCUUCAGCACAAUUGAAUCCUCAGUCAAAUCAUACAAUAAUAAAAAUUCAAUACCAGCUUCCGCUUCAUUGUAUGAGGACUUUGCAGACCACUUCUGGAGUAAAAUUUAUUCUGUACGAUCAAGCGUCUUAAAUUACCAGAAAAGCCUUUUUAUUGAAAACGAUGGCUUGAUCUUACCUGAGGAAGCACUGGACAGUUUUGACCUGGUUGAAGCUACAACACUUUGUCGAGUUUUCUCCCAAGUUAAUCCAACA